AUGAACAGGAUAUUUGGAAGAGGCAAGCCUAAAACACCAGGCCCAAGCAUAUCGGAUUGCAUCAGUACUGUGGAUAGCCGGGCCGACAAUAUAGAGCAGAAAGUGAAUAAAUUAGAAGCCGAAUUGAGGAAAUAUAAAGACCAAAUGGCAAAGAUGAGGGAGGGUCCGGCAAAGAAUUCUGUAAAGCAGAAAGCUAUGCGGGUUUUAAAGCAGAAAAAAAUGUAUGAGCAACAAAUUGAGAAUCUGCGAGCACAGUCAUUUAAUAUGGAACAAGCGAACUAUGCAACCCAGACAUUAAAAGAUACUCAUACUACUAUUACAGCCAUGAAAGAUGGGGUUCAGUCUAUGAAAAAGGAAUUUAAAAAGAUUAAUAUUGAUUCUAUUGAUGAUGUUAAUGAUGAAUUAGCCGAUAUGCUAGAACAAGCAGAUGAAGUCCAAGAAGCAUUAGGUAGACAGUAUGGAAUGCCAGAAAUUGAUGAUGAUGAGCUUGCUGCAGAAUUAGAUGCUCUAGGUGAUGAAAUCGCACUAGACGAUGACACAUCAUACCUUGACGAUGUAGUUAAGGCUCCGGCUGCACCUGACAAGGAACCCGGAGCGGACAGCAUCAGGAAUAAGGAUGGUGUGCCUGUUGACGAGUUUGGUUUACCACAAGUGCCCAGCGCAGCACACGCUAAAUAA